AUGUAGGUUGAUCUAAGAUAUUAAUUUUUUGAAGAUAUAUAAAUUUAGAAUACUUCUCUAAUUGGAGCUAAUUUAAUGAGAUGCAAUUUUAAUGGUUCCAUAUUUGAUAAUGUAGAUAUGAGUGGGACAAAUUUGAAUGAAUCAUAAUUGUUUAAUUGUAAUUGGAAAAAUAUGAAAAUACAUGAAUUGAAUGAAUUAGGGGGCCAUACUAAAGCUGUUCGUUCAAUCUGUUUCUCUCCUGAUGGUACUACUUUGGGAUCUGGUAGUGAUGAUAACUCAAUCAGAUUAUGGGAUGUGAAGACUGGAUAAUAAAAAGCCAAAUUGGAUGGUCAUACUAGUAUUGUCUACUCAGUCUGCUUCUCUCCUGAUGGCACUAAUUUAGCAUCUGGUGGUAAGAAUAACUAUAUCUAUUUAUGGGAUGUUAAGACCAGAAAAAUAAAAGCUAAAUUGGAUGGUCAUACUAAUUAAAUAGAAUCAGUAUACUUCUCUCCUGAUGGUUCUACAUUAGCAUCGGGUAGUAAGGAUAAGUCUAUUCGAUUAUGGGACAUUAGAACAAGACAAUAAAAAAACAAAUUGAUUAGUUUUGGUGAUGGAUUCAACUCGAUAUGCUUCUCUCCUGAUGGUACUACAUUAGCAUCUGCUGGUAGUAGAGACGACUCUAUUCGUUUAUGGGAUAUUAAGAAGGGAAAAUAAAAAACCAGAUUCGAGGGUCAUAGCUAUGGAGUCAACUCCAUAAGUUUCUCUCCUGAUGGUACUUUAUUAGUAUCUGCCAGUAUUUAUGGUAAUUCUAUGCGUUUAUGGAAUGUAAAGACAGGUAAAAUAAAAGCCAAAUUGUAUGGUCACACUGAUUAUGUGCAAUCAGUAUGUUUUUCUCCAGAUGGCACUAUAUUAGGAUCUGGAAGUAAGGAUCAAUCUAUCUGUUUAUGGAAUGUUAAGACAGGAUAAUUAAAAGUAAGAUUGGAGGGCCAUAGUGAUACGGUCUUUUCAGUAUGCUUUUCUCCUGAUGGUACAAAAUUAGCCUCUGGUAGUGAAGAUAAGUCUAUCCGUUUAUGGGAUGCAAGGACAAUAAAAUUAAAAGCUUAACAGGAUGGGCAUAAUAAUUCAGUCCAAUCAGUAUGCUUCUUUCCUAAUGGUACUAUAUUAGCAUCUGGUAGUCAGGAUAAGUCUAUCCUUUUAUGGGAUGUUAAGACAGGACAAUUGA